CGCCUUAGUCGGGCCUUACUCCAAUCCAUGUUGCUGCCUUCAUGGGACAUGUAAAUAUUGUAUCACAACUAAUGCAUCACGGAGCCUCACCAAACACCACCAAUGUGAGAGGAGAAACAGCACUGCACAUGGCAGCUCGAUCUGGCCAAGCUGAAGUUGUGCGGUAUCUGGUACAAGACGGAGCUCAGGUAGAAGCCAAAGCUAAGGAUGACCAAACCCCACUCCACAUUUCAGCCCGACUGGGGAAGGCAGACAUAGUACAGCAGCUGUUGCAGCAGGGAGCAUCUCCAAACGCAGCCACGACUUCUGGGUACACCCCGCUUCACCUAGCAGCCCGAGAGGGACAUGAGGAUGUUGCCGCUUUCCUUUUGGAUCACGGAGCAUCCUUAUCUAUAACAACAAAGAAAGGAUUUACUCCCCUUCACGUGGCAGCAAAAUAUGGGAAGCUUGAAGUAGCCAAUCUCCUGCUACAGAAAAGUGCAUCUCCAGAUGCUGCUGGGAAGAGUGGCCUAACUCCACUGCAUGUAGCUGCACAUUAUGAUAAUCAGAAGGUGGCCCUUCUGCUUCUGGACCAAGGAGCCUCACCUCAUGCAUCCGCAAAGAAUGGUUACACUCCGCUACACAUCGCUGCCAAAAAGAACCAGAUGGACAUAGCGACAACUCUGCUGGAAUAUGGUGCUGAUGCAAACGCAGUUACCCGGCAAGGAAUUGCUUCUGUCCAUCUUGCAGCUCAGGAAGGGCACGUGGACAUGGUGUCACUGCUCCUCGGCAGAAAUGCUAACGUGAACCUGAGCAAUAAGAAUGGCCUGACCCCACUCCAUCUGGCUGCUCAGGAAGACAGAGUGAAUGUGGCCGAAGUCCUUGUAAACCAAGGAGCACAUGUGGAUGCCCAAACAAAGAUGGGAUAUACACCACUACACGUGGGUUGCCACUAUGGAAACAUCAAAAUCGUUAAUUUCCUGCUCCAGCAUUCUGCAAAAGUUAAUGCCAAAACAAAGAAUGGGUACACGCCAUUACAUCAAGCAGCUCAACAGGGACAUACUCAUAUAAUAAAUGUGUUGCUUCAGAACAAUGCCUCUCCCAAUGAGCUCACUGUGAAUGGGAACACUGCCCUUGCCAUUGCCCGGCGCCUUGGCUACAUCUCAGUUGUAGACACCCUGAAGGUGGUGACCGAAGAGACCAUGACCACGACUACCAUCACAGAGAAGCACAAAAUGAAUGUUCCGGAAACGAUGAAUGAAGUUCUUGAUAUGUCUGAUGAUGAAGUUCGUAAAGCCAACGCCCCUGAAAUGCUCAGUGAUGGCGAAUAUAUCUCAGAUGUUGAAGAAGGUGAUAAAUGCACAUGGUAUAAAAUUCCCAAGGUACAAGAAUUUAUGGUAAAAAGUGAAGAUGCAAUGACAGGGGACACAGACAAGUAUCUGGGGCCACAGGACCUUAAGGAACUGGGCGAUGACUCCCUGCCCGCAGAGGGUUACAUGGGCUUUAGUCUUGGAGCCCGUUCUGCCAGCCUCCGCUCCUUCAGUUCGGAUAGGUCUUACACCUUGAACAGAAGCUCCUAUGCACGGGACAGCAUGAUGAUUGAAGAACUCCUUGUGCCAUCCAAAGAGCAGCAUCUAACAUUUACAAGGGAAUUUGAUUCGGAUUCUCUUAGACAUUAUAGCUGGGCUGCAGACACCUUGGACAAUGUCAAUCUUGUCUCAAGCCCUGUUCAUUCUGGCCCCGUUAUAGUGGAAAUCCCUCACUUUGGGUCCAUGAGAGGAAAAGAGAGAGAACUCAUUGUUCUUCGAAGUGAAAAUGGUGAAACAUGGAAGGAGCACCAAUUUGACAGUAAAAAUGAAGAUUUAACUGAAUUACUUAAUGGCAUGGAUGAAGAACUUGAUAGCCCAGAAGAGUUAGGGAAAAAGCGUAUCUGCAGGAUUAUCACUAAGGAUUUCCCCCAGUAUUUUGCAGUGGUUUCCCGGAUUAAACAGGAAAGCAACCAGAUUGGUCCUGAAGGUGGAAUUCUGAGCAGCACUACCGUGCCCCUUGUCCAAGCGUCUUUCCCAGAGGGUGCCCUAACUAAGAGAAUUCGAGUGGGCCUCCAGGCCCAGCCUGUUCCGGAUGAAAUUGUGAAAAAGAUCCUUGGAAACAAAGCAACAUUUAGCCCAAUUGUCACUGUGGAACCAAGAAGAAGGAAAUUCCAUAAACCAAUCACAAUGACCAUUCCAGUGCCCCCGCCCUCAGGAGAGGGUGUAUCCAAUGGAUACAAGGGGGACACUACUCCCAACCUGCGCCUUCUCUGUAGCAUUACAGGGGGCACCUCACCUGCUCAGUGGGAAGACAUCACAGGAACAACUCCUUUGACAUUUACAAAGGAUUGUGUCUCUUUUACAACUAACGUUUCAGCCAGAUUUUGGCUUGCAGACUGCCAUCAAGUUUUAGAAACUGUUGGUUUAGCCACGCAACUAUAUAGAGAAUUAAUAUGUGUUCCAUAUAUGGCCAAGUUCGUUGUUUUUGCCAAAAUGAAUGAUCCUGUAGAAUCUUCCCUGCGAUGUUUCUGCAUGACAGAUGACAAAGUGGAUAAAACUUUAGAACAGCAAGAGAAUUUUGAGGAAGUUGCAAGAAGUAAAGAUAUUGAGGUUCUGGAAGGAAAACCUAUUUAUGUUGAUUGUUAUGGAAAUCUGGCCCCACUUACCAAAGGAGGACAACAACUUGUUUUUAACUUUUAUGCUUUCAAAGAAAAUAGACUGCCAUUUUCCAUCAAGAUUAGAGACACCAGCCAAGAGCCCUGUGGUCGUCUGUCUUUCCUGAAAGAACCAAAGACAACAAAAGGACUGCCUCAAACAGCUGUCUGCAACUUAAAUAUCACUCUGCCAGCACAUAAAAAGGAGACAGAGUCAGAUCAAGAUGAUGAGACUGAGAGAACAGAUAGACGACAAAGCUUUGCAUCUUUAGCUUUACGUAAGCGCUACAGCUACUUGACUGAGCCUGGAAUGAAAACAGUUGAACGGAGUGCAGGAGCAACAAGAUCCCUCCCCACCACUUAUUCAUACAAGCCAUUCUUUUCUACAAGACCAUACCAGUCCUGGACAACAGCUCCGAUUACAGUGCCCGGGCAAGCCAAGUCAGGCUUCACUUCCUUAUCAAGUUCUUCCUCUAAUACGCCAUCAGCUUCUCCGUUAAAAUCAAUAUGGUCUGUUUCGACUCCUUCUCCAAUCAAAUCCACAUUAGGCGCAUCAACUACAUCUUCAGUUAAAUCCAUUAGUGACGUGGCAUCUCCAAUUAGAUCUUUUCGGACAAUUUCUUCGCCAAUAAAAACAGUGGUGUCACAAUCUCCAUACAAUGUCCAAGUUUCCUCUGGUACCCUGGUUAGAGCUCCCACAGUCACAGAGGCUACGCCCUUAAAAGGGCUGGCGUCCAAUUCUACGUUUUCCUCUCGAACCUCUCCAGUGACUACAGCAGGGUCUCUUUUGGAGAGGUCAUCAAUUACUAUGACACCCCCUGCCUCCCCCAAAUCAAAUAUUAAUAUGUAUUCCUCAAGUUUGCCGUUUAAGUCAAUUAUUACAUCAACAUCACCGCUAAUAUCUUCACCUUUAAAGUCAGUGGUGUCUCCAGCUAAAUCAGCAGUUGAUGUCAUUUCAUCAACUAAAGUUACUAUGGCAUCUUCUCUCUCGUCACCGGUGAAACAGAUGCCUGGACAUGCAGAGGUUGCAUUAGUGAACGGAUCUAUUUCUCCUCUGAAAUAUCCAUCAUCUUCAACUUUAAUUAAUGGAUGUAAAGCCACUGCCACGUUACAGGAAAAAAUUUCGACAGCUACAAACUCUGUGAGUUCUGUGGUCAGUGCAGCCACUGACACAGUUGAGAAAGUGUUUUCUACCACGACAGCAAUGCCAUUUUCCCCACUCAGGUCAUAUGUUUCUACAGCACCAUCAGCUUUUCAGUCUCUAAGAACUCCUUCCGCAAGUGCACUCUACACAUCCCUUGGGUCGUCAAUAUCUGCAACUACCUCAUCUGUAACGUCAUCAAUAAUCACAGUGCCAGUAUACUCUGUAGUCAAUGUUUUGCCAGAACCAGCAUUAAAGAAAAUUCCAGACUCUAAUUCACUUACAAAAUCAACAGCAGCCUUGCUGUCACCCAUUAAAACAUUGACUACGGAGACACGUCCUCAGCCCCAUUUCAAUCGAACUUCAUCUCCAGUUAAGUCAUCUUUGUUCCUUGCACCCUCUGCCCUUAAGUUAUCUACACCUUCUUCUUUAUCUUCCAGUCAGGAGAUAUUAAAAGACGUGGCUGAAAUGAAAGAGGACCUGAUGCGGAUGACCGCAAUACUACAGACAGAUGUGCCUGAAGAGAAGCCAUUCCAACCUGAACUCCCAAAAGAAGGGAGAAUUGAUGAUGAAGAACCUUUCAAAAUUGUUGAGAAAGUAAAGGAAGAUUUAGUGAAAGUGAGCGAAAUCCUUAAAAAGGAUGUGUGUGUAGAUAAUAAAGGAUCACCCCAAUCACCUAAGAGUGACAAAGGACGCUCUCCUGAAGAUGACUGGAUAGAAUUUAGUUCAGAAGAAAUAAAAGAAGCAAGACAACAAGCCACUGCAAGCCAGUCUCCAUCUCUGCCGGAGAGAGUACAAGUAAAAGCAAAGGCUGCCUCUGAGAAGGAUUACAACUUGACCAAAGUUAUUGAUUACCUUACAAAUGAUAUUGGGAGUAGUUCAUUGACAAACUUAAAGUACAAAAUUGAGGACGCAAAGAAGGAUGGUGAGGAGAGACAGAAAAGAAUUUUAAAACCAGCAAUUGCUCUGCAGGAACACAAACUCAAGAUGCCUCCUGCCUCCAUGAGGCCUUCCACCUCCGAGAAAGAGUUAUGUAAAAUGGCUGACACCUUUUUUGGAACAGAUACUAUUCUAGAGUCUCCAGAUGACUUUUCUCAACAUGACCAAGACAAAAGUCCCUUGUCUGAUAGUGGCUUUGAAACAAGAAGUGAAAAAACACCUUCAGCCCCACAAAGUGCAGAGAGCACUGGUCCGAAACCUCUUUUUCAUGAAGUCCCCAUCCCUCCUGUCAUUACAGAAACAAGAACUGAAGUGGUUCAUGUUAUUAGGAGCUAUGAGCCCUCAGCUGGGGAUGUUCCCCAGUCCCAACCAGAGGAGCCUGUGUCACCCAAACCUUCACCAACAUUUAUGGAACUGGAACCAACGUCCACCACAUCUAGUAUUAAAGAAAAAGUUAAAGCAUUUCAAAUGAAAGCCAAUAGUGAAGAUGACGACCACAAUCGGGUUUUGAGCAAAGGCAUGCGUGUUAAGGAAGAGACUCACAUAACCACAACCACCAGAAUGGUUUAUCAUUCUCCACCAGGCAGUGAAGGUGCCUCUGAAAGACUUGAAGAAACCAUGUCAGUCCAUGACAUCAUGAAGGCCUUUCAGUCCGGGCGGGAUCCCUCCAAAGAACUGGCAGGUCUGUUUGAACAUAAGUCGGCAGUGUCUCCAGAUGUUCACAAGUCUGCUGCUGAAACCUCAGCCCAGCAUGCAGAGAAGGACAACCAAAUGAAACCCAAACUGGAGCGUAUAAUAGAAGUCCACAUCGAAAAAGGUAACCAAGCUGAGCCCACUGAAGUCAUUAUUAGAGAAACCAAAAAGCAUCCAGAAAAGGAAAUGUAUGUAUAUCAGAAAGACUUAUCCCGGGGAGAUAUUAACCUAAAAGAUUUUCUGCCAGAAAAACACGAUGCUUUUCCUUGUUCAGAGGAACAGGGUCAGCAAGAAGAAGAAGAACUUACCGCUGAAGAGUCAUUGCCUUCUUAUCUGGAGUCUUCCAGAGUAAACACUCCUGUGUCCCAAGAAGAAGACAGCCGCCCUAGUUCUGCUCAACUCAUAUCUGAUGACUCUUAUAAAACAUUGAAGCUUUUGAGUCAACACUCAAUAGAAUACCAUGACGAUGAGUUGUCAGAACUAAGAGGGGAGUCUUACAGGUUUGCUGAGAAAAUGCUUCUGUCAGAAAAGCUAGAUGUGUCUCAUUCUGAUACUGAGGAAUCGGUUACAGACCAUGCAGGACCCCCUAGCUCAGAGUUACAGGGGUCUGAUAAGCGGUCCAGAGAAAAAGUAGCCACUGCCCCCAAAAAAGAAAUUCUCUCCAAAAUCUAUAAAGAUGUGUCUGAAAAUGGUAUAGGGAAAGUGUCUAAAGAUGAGCAUUUUGAUAAAGUGACAGUGUUGCACUAUUCUGGCGAUGUUAGUAAUCAAAAACAUGCCAUGUGGAUGCGCUUUACUGAGGACAGAUUAGACAGAGGUAGAGAGAAGUUGAUAUAUGAAGAUAGGGUGGACAGGACUGUGAAGGAGGCUGAAGAAAAGCUGACUGAAGUGUCACAGUUUUUUCGUGACAAAACUGAAAAGCUAAAUGAUGAACUGCACUCCCCAGAGAAAAAGCCACACCCUAGAAAUGGAAAAGAAUACUCCUCUCAAAGCUCUACCAGUAGCAGCCCUGAGAAAGCACUACUAACAGAACUGUUGGCAUCCAGUGAUGAAUGGGUUAAGGCAAGGCAGCAGGGCCGUGAUGGACAAGGCUUCCUCAAGGAGGAGGAGAGGAGAGCAUCCAGUCUGCCCUGCAGCCCGGAGAAAAGGGUUCAUUCCCAACAGACUGAGGACAGCAAGUCAGCAGUGGAAGCCAAAGGAAGUAUUUCCCAGAGCAAAGCACCAGAAGGGCCCCAGUCUGGAUUUCAGCUCAAACAAUCUAAACUCAGUUCCAUUAGAUUAAAAUUUGAACAAGGUACACAUACAAAAAGUAAGGACAUGUCUCAAGAAGACAAAAAGCCAGAUGGCCAAUCCAGAAUACCAGUUAAAAAAAUACAGGAGAGCAAGCUACCUGUUUACCAAGUUUUUGCUAGAGAAAAACAGCAGAAGGCCAUAGACCUCUCAGAUGAAAGCAUACCUGCACAAAAAGAUAUCAUGGCAUUAAAAGCUAAAGAGGAGCGUGCCCAAAGCAACGAAAUGAUUGUAAAUGAUUCUGGCUUUGAUGAUGUACAAAAACAGAGAACUGAAAUGUCAAGUAAAGCAAUGCCUGACUAUUUUUCUGAGCAACAGGCUAAAGACUUGGCAUGUCAUGUAACCUCAGAUUUAGCAUCUAAGGGACCAUGGGACAAAAAGGUUUUUAGAACAUGGGAAAGUUCUGGAGCCACUAAUAAUAAGUCACAGAAAGAAAAACUUUCGCAUGUACUUGUUCAUGAUGUAAGAGAGAAUCACAUUGGUCACCCUGAGAGUGAAAGUGUUGAUCAAAAGAAUGAAUUUAUGUCUGUGACUGAGAGAGAACCCAAAUUGUUAACAAAUGGCUCUUUCUCAGAAAUUAAGGAAAUGACUGUAAAAUCUCCCUCAAAAAAAGUCUUAUACAGGGAAUAUGUUGUUAAAGAAGGGGAACGUCCAGGUGGAUCUCCUGAUCAACCUUCCAGGAGAAGUGAGAGCUCAGCAGUGUCACACAUUCCAGUCAGAGUUGCUGAUGAGAGGAGAAUGCUGUCUUCUAAUAUUCCUGAUGGUUUUUGUGAGCAGUCGACAUUUCCAAAACAUGAACUAUCACAAAAAUUGUCCCAAUCCAGUAUGAAAGAGACAGUUGAGACACAGCACUUUAAUUCUGUAGAAGAUGAAAAAAUUACCUAUUCAGAAAUCAGCAAGGUUUCUAAACAUCAGAGUUAUGUAGGUUUAUGCCCACCUCUUGAUGAAACUGAAACCUCCCCCACCAAAUCUCCUGAUUCUUUAGAGUUUAGCCCAGGAAAGGAUUCACCCUCUAGUGAUGUAUUCGACCACAGUCCCAUUGAUGGGUUGGAAAAACUUGCACCACUAGCCCAGACAGAGGGAGGGAAAGAGAUAAAAACUUUACCCGUUUAUGUCAGUUUUGUACAAGUGGGGAAGCAAUAUGAAAAGGAGAUACAACAAGGAAGUAUAAAAAAAAUCAUAAGUCAGGAAUGUAAGACAGUACAAGAAACCAGAGGGACCUUUUAUACAACUAGACAGCAAAAGCAACCUCCCUCUCCCCAAGGUAGUCCAGAAGAUGAUACUCUAGAGCAAGUAUCCUUUCUAGACAGCUCUGGGAAAAGCCCUUUAACCCCAGAAACACCCAGCUCAGAGGAAGUGAGUUAUGAAUUUACGUCUAAGACACCAGACUCACUCACAGCUUAUAUACCAGGCAAACCCAGCCCAAUUCCCGAGGUUUCUGAGGAAUCUGAGGAGGAGGAACAGGCCAAGUCAACCUCCCUAAAGCAGACAACAGUGGAGGAAACAACAGUUGAGCGUGAAAUGCCUAGUGAUGUGAGCAAAGACUCUAACCAAAGACCAAAAAGUAACAGAGUUGCCUAUAUUGAAUUUCCCCCUCCUCCACCACUGGAUGCAGACCAGAUUGAAAAAGAGGUUGACAUGAUUGAAGUCAGUCUGCAAGAUGAGCAUGACAAGUACCAACUGGCGGAACCAGUCAUCAGAGUGCAGCCACCUUCACCAGUUCCUCCUGGGGCAGACGUCAGUGAUUCAAGUGAUGACGAAUCUAUUUAUCAACCAGUUCCAGUUAAAAAAUACACCUUCAAAUUAAAAGAAGUAGAUGAUGAGCAACAGGAAAUGACAAAAUCCAAAGCUUCUGCUGAAAAGGCUUCCAGCCAGAAAGAACUGGAAAGUAAUGGACCUGGAAAAGAUAAUGAAUUUGGUUUUGGCCUUGUUUCGCCUCAGAAUGAAACAGCUCAGAAUGGGAACAAUGACCAGUCCAUCACUGAGUGUUCCAUCGCUACCACAGCAGAGUUUUCUCAUGACACAGAUGCCACAGAGAUCGACUCUCUGGAUGGCUAUGACCUGCAAGAUGAAGAUGAUGGUUUGACAGAGAGUGAUUCCAAACUCCCAAGUCAAACCAUGGAAAUUAAGAAAGAUGUCUGGAAUACAGAGGGCAUUCUGAAGCCAGCUGAUCGCUCUUUUAGCCAAAGUAAACUUGAAGUUAUUGAGGAGGAGGAAAAGGUGGGACCAGAUGAAGAUAAGCCACCUUUUAAAAGUUCUUCAUCUGAAAAGCCUCCUGAUAAGACUGAUCAGAAAUCAGGGGCCCAGUUUUUCACACUAGAAGGCAGACAUCCUGACAGAUCAGUGUUUCCUGAUACUUAUUUCAGCUACAAAGUAGAUGAAGAAUUUGCCACUCCUUUUAAAACAGUAGCUACCAAAGGUCUAGAUUUUGACCCUUGGUCUAAUAACCGAGGGGAUGAUGAAGUUUUUGACAAUAAGUCACGGGAAGAUGAAACUAAGCCAUUUGGUCUCGCAGUGGAAGACCGCUCUCCAGCAACAACCCCUGAUACAACGCCAGCCAGAACGCCAACUGAUGAAAGUACCCCAACUAGUGAGCCUAACCCCUUCCCAUUUCAUGAAGGAAAAAUGUUUGAGAUGACUCGCAGUGGUGCAAUUGACAUGAGCAAGAGGGAUUUUGUUGAAGAGAGGCUCCAAUUUUUCCAGAUUGGUGAGCAUACUUCUGAAGGGAAGUCAGGGGACCAGGGGGAAGGGGAUAAAAGUAUGGUUACUGCCACACCACAGCUACAGUCAGGGGACACCCCUGUAGAAACCAAUCUAGAGAGAAAUGUAGAGGCACCUACAGUCGACCCCAACCCCAGCAUCCCGACCAGCGGAGAGUGUCAGGAAGGCACAUCCAGUAGUGGCUCCCUGGAGAAAUCAGCAGCAGCCACUAACACCUCUAAAGUUGACCCCAAGUUGCGCACGCCUAUAAAAAUGGGAAUCUCUGCAUCCACUAUGACCAUGAAGAAAGAAGGCCCUGGAGAAGUAACAGAUAAGAUAGAAGCUGUGGUGACCAGUGGUCAGGGAUUAGAAAAUGAAACUAUAACAAUGAUUUCAAAUACAGACAAUAGCCAGAUGGGCAUUAGGCCCCAAGAGAAACAUGAUUUUCAAAAAGAUAACUUUAAUAACAACAACAAUUUGGAUUCUUCCACUAUGCAGACAGAUAAUAUUACAAGUAACAUAGUUCUGACAGAACAUUCUGCACCCACUUGUACCACAGAGACAGCUAAUCCAGUGAAAGUUGCAUCAGGAAAAAAGACAGGGGUACUACAAGGACACUGUGUAACAGACAAGCAGAAAGUUCUUGGAGAGCAGCAAAAGACAAAGGAAUCAAUAGGGAUUAGGCAAAAAUCCAAACUUCCCAUAAAGGCCACUUCACCAAAAGAUAUCUUCCCACCAAACCAUGUGCCAAACAUUAAAGCAAGUAAAGUGAAGCAGGUUAGUCAAUCUGAGAAAACCAAAACCCUUACUUCGUGUGUAGAUGUUAAGUCCAGAAUUCCAGUAAAAAACACACACAGGGAUAACACAGUUUCAGUUAGAAAAGCAUGUACCACACUAAAGCAAGAGCAGCCAGAGAAAGGCAAGGCCAGACAGAUUCCAUCCAAGUUGCCAGUAAAGGUAAGAUCCACCUUUGUCACCACCACCCCCACCACCACCACAGUUAAAGUUAGGAAAAGUCAGCUCAAGGAAGUAUGUAAACAUUCCAUUGAAUAUUUUAAGGGAAUUAGUGGUGAGACCUUAAAGCUUGUGGACCGUCUCUCUGAAGAAGACAAAAAGAUGCAGUCCGAGUUGUCCGAUGAAGAAGAAAGUACAUCAAGAAACACGUCGUUGUCCGAGACUUCCCGGGGUGGCCAGCCUUCAGUUACAACGAAGUCUGCUAGAGAUAAGAAAACAGAGGCAGCACCUUUAAAAUCAAAGAGUGAAAAGGCCGGCAGUGAGAAAAGGAGCAGUAGGAGGACUGGUCCACAGAGUCCAUGUGAACGGACAGAUAUCAGGAUGGCAAUAGUAGCCGAUCACCUGGGACUUAGUUGGACAGAACUGGCAAGGGAACUGAAUUUUUCAGUGGAUGAAAUCAAUCAAAUACGUGUGGAAAAUCCAAAUUCUUUAAUUUCUCAGAGCUUCAUGUUAUUAAAAAAAUGGGUUACCAGAGACGGAAAAAAUGCUACAACUGAUGCCUUAACUUCGGUCUUGACAAAAAUUAAUCGAAUAGAUAUUGUGACGCUGCUAGAAGGACCGAUAUUUGAUUAUGGAAAUAUUUCAGGCACCAGAAGUUUUGCAGAUGAGAACAGUGUUUUCCAUGACCCUGUUGAUGGUUAUCCUUCCCUUCAAGUGGAACUGGAAACCCCUACAGGGUUGCACUACACACCACCCACCCCUUUCCAGCAAGAUGAUUAUUUCAGUGAUAUCUCUAGCAUAGAGUCUCCCCUUAGAACCCCCAGUAGACUGAGUGAUGGGUUAGUGCCUUCCCAGGGAAAUGUAGAGCAUUCUGCACAUGGACCUCCAGUUGUAACUGCCGAAGACACUUCCUUAGAAGACAGCAAACUGGAAGACUCAGUGCCUUUAACAGAAAUGCCUGAAGCAGUGGAUGUAGAUGAGAGCCAGUUGGAGGAUACAUGUCUGAGUGAGUAUCCUCAAUACCUCGGAAGUUUGGCUGGGGUCCCAAAAGAUGUUAAAACAGCAGAGCCACUGAAACAGACUAGAAAAGUAAGAUUAAGCUCUGAGCAGCAGGAGAAAGGAAAAUCUGGUCCUGAUGAGGAGAUGAUGGAAGAAACACUCAAAUCUCUAUUUGAGGACAUUCAACUUGAAGAAGGACUAGAUUCUGAGGAGAUGACAGAAGAAAAAGGACAGGCUAUUCUUAAGCAUGUUCAGCAAGCAGAACUGGAAAUGUCUUCACUUACAGGUUGGCAGAACGAGACAUCAAGUGGAAACCUAGAGUCCCCUGCUCAAGCUCGCAGAAUAACUGGUGGGUUACUAGAUCGGCUGGAUGACAGCCCAGACCAGUGUAGAGAUUCCAUUACCUCAUAUCUCAAAGGUGAACCUGGAAAAUUUGAAGCAAAUGGAAGCCAUGCAGAAGUCACUCCAGAAGCAAAGACAAAAUCUUACUUUCCAGAAUCCCAAAAUGAUAUAGGCAAACAGAGUGCUAAGGAAACUCUGAGACCAAAAAUACAUGGGAUUGGUCGUAUUGAGGAACCAGCAUCGCCACUAGCAGCAUAUCAGAAAUCUCUGGAAGAAACCAGCAAGCUUGUAAUAGAAGAGCCUAAGCCCUGUGUGCCUGUCAGUAUGAAAAAGAUGAGUAGGACUUCUGCAGAUGGCAAGCCAAAGCUUAACCUCCACGAAGAAGAGGGGUCCAGUGGAUCUGAGCAAAAGGUCAAAAGUCCGGGUGCGGCUCUUACACGGAUGACUGUCUGCUGUUACAAGGACAUGAAAGACAGUGAGAGUGAUUCAAGCUCAGAGGAAGAACGGAGAGUCACUACCCGAGUUACUCGCCGGCGUUUGAUUAUAAAGGGAGAGGAAGCAAAAAACAUUCCUGGUGAAUCUGUCACAGAAGAACAAUUUACUGAUGAAGAAGGCAACCUCAUCACCAGAAAAAUCACUCGGAAAGUAAUAAGACGAAUUAUUAACCCACAAGAAAGAAAACAUGAUGACGUGGUAAUGGAGAGGGAUUGCCAAGGGCCAAGUAGAGGACAAAACCUUUGUGCACUCCCUAGAAAAUGCUGCUAACAGGCUGGCAUUUGCAGUGUGGCAGCUUGAAGCGUUUGCUGCUUUUGGCAUCUUAUGCGUUUGAUCGGGGUCAAGAAAAAGACUAUUCUUCCUAACAUUCUUUAAUGUUAUAUAUUUUUUUACUAUCAUCAGAGUUUUCACAGAGAUAAGAUCAUGUAUGGGAGACAAAAUGUGCCAGUUUGAGAGAGAAAAGAGAUAAAACCCAUCACCUCCACCAAACCUCUGGGUAGUGCCCGAGCCCUGCCCAGUGCCCUACCUUCAGUGUUGCCUACCUGGGACACAAAUGGAGAGCCCUCCAAAUGCUCAGGGUUUAACAUUAGAAUGGCAAAAGGCUCAGUUUAAGGUCCUUACAUCAGAUCUAUUCAUUUUCCUUUUCUAGCAUAUUCUGUAGGAAAAUCUGAAUUCCCCAUUUUAACCUGAGGAGGGUUCCCUUCUUUGGGUUUAUAACAGCACAUUUCCAAUGUGCCAGUUAAAAACCAAACUCAUAACUGAGCAGUGUAAUUCACCAAAUGAAUCUGCAUCUCUCAGAGAAGACCUCUCUGGUUAUUUUUAAUUUCUGUUUCUCAGGUCUUUACUCUUUGAUUUAAAAAUAGAAACUUCACUAGACCAUGUUUACACAAGAAAAAAGUGAACUGAAAACUUCUCAGAACUAAAUCAGAAAAUUGGACAGGCUACUUGUGUUUUCUGUUAUAAGUAGGGUAGAAACAGUAUCUGUGAAACAACCUUGCUCUCAGAGAAGUGCAUUCCUGGUUCUCAGUGAAGAGAGGUCUUGUUUUAUGGAAAAUGUAUGCCUCCUUGGUCUGGGAGUGAGAGGAUGGCACGGGUAAUUCCACAAACUUUUUUUUAAAAAGUACCUCAGAUCAACAGCAUUCCCAUGGUGUUUAGUUCUUGAUUAGUGCUUUACUAAGAAAUUUUAGUUUCAUUACAAGAGAUUACUUAAAAUUCUGCUGGCUUAAAAAAGCAUAAAUUAUAAUUUACUGAUACUUUCUUAAAU